GAGGCACGUGAUAUAUAAAAUGGCGACACCCUUUGUUUAUUUAUUGUUAAACAAUAACAUAAGAACGAAAUCUUUUAAUGACAAUAUUUCUUAUUAAUUCCAUCUUCAUUUAUAGUCUGGAUCUAGUCUAGGUAUCUAGCUAACACGAUGACGCCAGAAAAUACUUUUCAUGGAAUAGUGAAACAAUUAACAGAUUCAGAAUACCAGAGUAAAAUAGUGGAUUUAUUUACAUUUUUUUGCAAUCACGUCUAUUUGGGACAAUGGGAGCUUGCAAGAACUGCUAUUUCGUCUCUAUGUACAUCUAGAGGAGACGACGGCAGUACACAUUUUAUUAAUAUAUUGAAAAAUUUAGCAGAAUGUCCUUUUUCUCAAAGCCUGGGCUCUCUGACUGUGCCAUCAGCUCAUCACUUAUCAUGGCUGUGUUUACAAGAACUUAGAGAUUUGUUACCAGAGUCAGAGAAACAUUGGAUUGAUCAUUUGACUAAAGAUGUGGAUUUUCGCCUGACAUUAUUUUAUUGGAAGGAUGUAGAGGAUGAUAUAAUUCAGGAGCUGUACAGAUUUUUCCAAAGAACUGUACUGAAAAUUUCUACCACACAUGGGGAAACUCCAAAUGUCAGUCUAUCUGCCAAUACCUUAAAUGCAAUGAAAAAGAUCUUAGUCACAUCCCCUAGUCUGGGUGACUCCAUCGUCAGGUCCUUGAUGGGAAUAAAAGAAAGUUCAGAAAAGAAAAUUAAUGAAAUAUUACAAGGUCUCUACAUCGAAUGCAUGAACUAUUUGCUAGAUAAGAUAAAAGAUGCUGACAUCUCACUCAGAGAAAGUCUGUGGGAAAAACUGUUUGAAAUUUUAUCAUUUUACGAUCCUGUUCCAUAUUGGAAUUACCUUCAGCUUCGCCAACUAUUUUCACGUUUGCUUUCAAUGGCUAGGGAAUAUCACAUUGCGUCAGAGAGGAUAGUGUCAGUUCUUAUUGGCAGAACUUCACCAUAUUUGUUGGGCGAGUUUUGUCAAAUAUUUCAUGAGACAUCAUUUACAAAUAUUAGAUUACCAUUAGAGAAAGCUAGUUCACUGAAUGACAGCCAAAGAAUAAGUUUGCAGAUACUGACCAAUCUUGACAGAGAUGUCUGUUGGAGAGAAUUUUCUAUCCUGUGCAACAAGAAACGUGUUCAUUUCUUAGCAGAAGUCUUGGACCUAAGUUUAUCACUUAUCAAAGCUGGACAGUUUAUGGAACUUCGGGACAUGUUGAGCUUUCCUGAGCUCCAACCAAUGAAACCUGCAGCUCUUUUGAUGGGCUGGUCACAUUGUCUUCAUUCCACAGAUGCCAGAACUCUUUUGGAUAGCCUUUGGGAUGGUUCAGAUGAUAAUCAAUGUCCAGUGCUAUCUGCCAGCUGCCGAAAAUUAGCGUACAACUUAGACUUGAUACAGUGGUGUAUUGACCGAGCUAAGCCACUCCUGUCUAACCCUGAACUGAGCCACUCGCACCAAGCCUCAUUGCUGUUUCAGGGGCUUGAGACCUACUCUGUUCUGUACAUGCUACAUCACUACACCAGUUUUGCCUCCCUUGACCAUGCAGAAGUCUUGGAGCUAUUGAGCCAUGUCACCACUGACAAAAGCAAAGAGAUGAAGCGUAAAACUGUAACAUUUCAAGAUGAAUCAAAGUUUUCUCUCUCAGAACCAAUCAAUAUUGAGCAACAGAAAGACCUGGCAGUAUACAGAAGUUUCUGUGCCAUUAAGAAUGUCAUGGAUGCUUUAGUCUUCUGCUUCUCCAACUUUGAACACAAGCUGAUGAACCCAGUGCACAUCAAGCGUGUAGUGAAGACCAAACGUCUGGACCAGCACUUCCUGAGUGAUCAUCAGGUCAGCUCAAGUGAAGGCGAGGACUCCUCAAGUCCUUUUUUGAGACUUUUAAAGCAGCCUAUUGAAGGUGAUGGAACUAAACUUAGCAGUGAAACUUCUGAAACUUUUAUCCAAUUAUACCAUGAAACUGUGACAAAGAAGCUCAGAGAAACCAGAAAUCAUUUGGCACAGCUUCAACCUCUGACUUAUAGGCUAGAAGUGUUAGAGAAUAUAUUCUCUCUCCUUUUUGUCACCCAUGAAGACCUGCAAGAUGUCCUUGACCUCGAGACAGAUGAUGAGAAUGAUGACAUUAAAAAAAGUAGUUUUGAAAACCUUGACAGUCUAAAUAUUUCUCUCUUCUCAGACGAAGAGCCUGCCCCAAAAGUGUCUCCACCGAAAAUUUCUAAAAGCGUGGAAGAAACAGUGAAGCCUUUUCCUUUGCCAAAGACUUCCUCCAGUCUUGAUUAUGACAUUCCAUUUGUAGAUUCCAACAGUCAGCCUGCAUAUGAUACACUUCCGGAAUCUUCUUACUUCACUCUAGAAUUUGAACACCUCAAGAAGGCUGAGCAAUACAAUCAAAAAAUAUCCCCAGAAAACACAAUUCUGAGCAAGAAAAAAAGGAAGCGUAGAAGGUCAAACUCUGAAUCUUCUCCUAACUUGCUGCUGGGAUUUCUAGCCAAUGAAUAUUUGGUACGUGACCUUCUACAUUUGCUUAAAACUGCUCUUGCUGACAUGAAUGCUGCAAAAUUCUCCAUCCAAAGCAAGCUCUCUACUGUGAGCUCAAAAGAGUUGAACAGGCACAGCAAACAGAGACUUGUAGAUCCAGCAUUGGAAGCAGCUUUGCAGGGAAGCCUCAAGACCUCCAUCCAGCCAGAGCAACUAGUGCAAAGGACAACAAAACUCACCCAGGCCAUCCAUGAAGCUUGGUGGAGGUUUCAGUUAGUGGCCCAUGAUGCCAUCCCCAGAGAAGCUGGACACAUUUUGCCAGAGAGAGUUAUAGUUACAGACAGUGAUAUACACUUCCUGCCAGCUUGUGAUGGCCAGGUUUUUGCAACAGAUAAAGAAGUAUCAAGUACUGAGGAAAGUAGAGGAAGGUCCAUGAGUACUUACACUAUGGUCUCUCAGUCUAACAUCAUCUCUCAGAUGAUGGCUUCCCCUGAAAGUCUUUUGGUUCAUAGUCUUAUCAAAGGGAAUCCUUCACAAGCUGCAGAGGUCAUCAAGCUUUUUCAGUUGUCAGAUAAAACAUCUGAAUGUUGUGAGGUGACAUUUUCUGACUUAUAUCACAGCAGUUCCAGCAAAAUAUGGAACUUAGAAACUGAAAGCAGGGAUGUAAAACAGCAUCCUCCAAAAUUAGGCAAGCGAAGUGUCAAGGCCUUGUCCAAAGCUGCUUCUGUUGGAGUUGCCACAGCCAGCCUCUCUAACAUUGUAGAAGAGCUGCUGUCCAAACCUUGCUUGCCACCCACACCAAAACCCAAGUCUCCAGGCUGUAGAGAAACCUUUAGCCAGAUUUUUAAUGUGGAUUCCUGUUCUGCUGUGUUGUUUGACUUGCUGUGCACCUCCUGUCAUAGCUGGGAGUCCUGCAGUAACAUGCUGGAUAUAAUUAAAACCAGAAGCAAGUUUCUUGAGCACAACCCCUCACAGCCGCCUUCUUCAGUUCAUGACCUUUCAGAUUCUCCAGAACCAAGUUCUGAUCUAGCUGAAUCUUCUUCAUCAUCAUCCUCUCCCAAGUCUGGUAAAAUUGUCACUGUACCUGGCAGUAAGCAGUUGACCCUUGGGGUUAGGAAUUGCCAUCAGUUUAUAUGGAAUCUCUAUGACUUGAUACACAUGGGAGACCACCAGGCUUCUCGUGGUCAUCAUUUGGUGACCCAAAGCCUUCAACACCAUUUCCAUUCAGCAUAUUCUUCUUUUGAAGUUAGGAAAAUGCGUAGCUUGAACAUCUCAGUCUUUGAGAUACGGCGAGCUGUUGACCAUGUUCAGCAAACUCUGACUGGGACAAUACAAGGUCAGCAGAUGGACAUUGCAGUAGAAGAUCAAGGCUCUUCACCAUCUUUGUCAUCCAGGGGAAGUAUGUCCAGUGUGUCUGGCAGUACCACAGAGAGCAACACAUCUGUGACCAAAGUGACCACAAAACAUCAGAAAGAAGAAAACUCUCUUCAUGUCUCCUUCAAAUAUCUCAUGUAUAUAAUGGAGAAACAUGCUCCUGGGGCAGGCUUUACACAGCUGUUACACAAUAAGAACUCUUCUGAGUUUAAGAACUAUUUGCUGAGUCUGUACAAACAUGUUAAAGAAAUGUCCCACCUUGUAGCUGAGACUCAAGAUGGAGUGAAAGAUGUACAAAAGAAUUAUUUUAAGGUACUGGAAGAAGGACCUAUAUCCAUUCUUGGACGUCUCAUGUUUGUUAAAAAAAUGGCACCAGCCCGAUUGGAAGCAGUGGCUGGAAAACUGAGCCUCAAGUUAACUCACACAAUUGUCUACAGCUGCUGUCCCAAGAUUCCAAGUAAACAUCCACCUUUGAAAGCAGUCACAGACAGUUCGGUUCAGAUAAACUCUUCAAGAGUUUACAAUGUAUCCCAGCAGGAUGCUACAUUGACCAAGGAUGAUGUCAGCAAUCCAGAGGAACUUGUCCAGAAACUUUUGUCUGAUUUUAUCUCAGUGAUGGAAGAUAUUUCAAGGCAGCAAAGUGCUAACAGUGUGUUUGACAUAUCUUGUGCUAGAUAUCUUGUGCAGCAGACAACAUUCACUCAACUGACUGAAGCAGUUCAGUGCCUUCAACAUUGUGACCUGACUCUCCUGAGAUGCAAUGAAGAAAAGUUGUGUUUUUUUAUUAACCUGACCAACCUGAUGCUCAUCCACUGUCAUCUUUUCAAUGUCAAGGCCAGAUAUGAGUGUCCAUCUGAAGAAGAGUCCCUUGAUUUGUUUCCUUUGGCUGCAGCAGACUAUUUAAUAUACCUCAGUAGGUUCUCAUACCAAAUAGGCCAGUUGGGAGUUGUCAGUGUCUUUGACUUACUUACUAUUAUUGGUCAUGAUGAGUUGCAGCCUUCAGCCCAAUGGAAAAAUUUAUUGGCUUCAAGAAACUUUGUUCUAAGUUCUGAUGAUCCUUGGAAGAAGUUUGCCCCUCUGCCUGAACCAAGAAAACUAUUUGCCAUCAAUACUGGAUGUAUUUCUUCUCCACCCCUAAGGGUUCUCAAACCCAGCACAGUCAUGUCCCAGAUAGAAUUGGCCAUGAAAGAAUAUCUGUCUCACACAGUCAUGGUCUCAGCAGAGAAAGAAAAAGUUUGUGUACCAGAACUGUUACUCUGGUCGGAAAAACAAUUUAUUGACAAGUCAAGGAAAGGGAACUCUAUAAGUUUGUUGACCUGGUUGCUGGAGUACAUCAGUGCUGAAAAACAAACACAGUUACAGCAACUUUUAAAACUAGAGAGUUCCCAAAGUGAACCUAUUGAUACAGAUACCAAAGAAUUACCAUUCCAGUGGGAAGUAGAUUACUUUGAUAAUUCUUUUUCUUUUACUUUUGACAUUCAUCAUGUUAAAACUGGCCAGAUCGAGCCCAUCCUUCCCAAGAAACGUAAAAUGUCCCUCUAUCCCUUCACCAACUCUUAUGAGAAAUCAGGUCAAGGCUGGAGCUUGCAGCUCCCAGUGUACAACCUGACUCCUGUUACACUGGAGUAUGUCAAACAGGACUCUCUACUGGUGGCCACCAUGGUUAGCUUGGUGUGUGCUGAUAACCUGGACAACAUUGAGCAGCAGUUCACAGAUGACCACUUCAAUCAGCCAGAGACAUCUGGGCACUACAAUGAACACCUGAUCAGGAUGCACAGGUCCUCAUCUGACAUUAGCCUUGUUGACAUUAGAAGUUACCGCUACCAGCGCCUCACUGAUGACUACCCCAUCCUUCAGCGCCACCUGCUUCACUAUAUUCUUCCCUUAGCAGGGGCUGAAAACUCUGAACUGUUGGAAAGUCGAGAACCCAUUUUAAAAUUUGUUACCAAUGAUAUUGGUGAUCAGGUCAAACUGUGUAUGUUCAGCUUACCCAACAGUGUCCAGUUUCAGUGUGUUAUUCAGGACAUGGCCAACCAGCUGCUGGAAGAUCAAAAGUGGACAGAGACUUUAAAUAUCUUGAGGAGCCUGCCAUCUAGUGUGGUCAGUGACCACAUCCACUUGCAGAUACUCCACGACUUUGUCCUGAGUUGCUGGGCAAUAGCUCAGUGCAAAACGACUAGUCAGCUCGUGAAGGUAGCAGAUGGACUUAAAAAGUUUUACAACCCAUUUAUUCAGGCCAGAACACUGUUGACUAUAUGUGAUCUACUUCCUAUAGCUGUCAGCAAGGACUUGCUAGACUUGUGUUUGAAUCAACUGGACCAAAAGUCAGGCCUGUGGUUGGCAGUGUACAACAAGUUUCAACUGUACAGUUUGUACUGCAAAAUUUAUGAUUGUGCACAGAGACUACUUCCAGAGGCAACAGACUCGACACUCAACUGCUCAGACCAACAGCUGAGUAAAACUCUAGAUGCAUUGACUGCCAGUCCUCAGAUCUCCACAUACUGCUGUGAUAACCCUGUGGACAUUUUGAAGGUCUUAGAAAAAGCUGGUGACUUUGUGUCUGCUACAGCCUGGGCUGAACUUCAGAGUUUAGAUCUAGAGAUUGUAAGAAGUAUCAAGCAGAGCCAUGUUCAUUAUCUUCUGACUCUGGAGAGUCCAGACACCUUGACAGCAUUCCAGCUGCUAGACACACUGCUCAACACAUCACCCGCUGAGUGCCUGUCAGUUUGUCAGACUUUGAUUGGAUCCCUUGUGCAGCCAAGAGAGAUCAAGUUUGUGCUGAGCUUCAUGCUGAAGUAUUUGUCCAACCUCUUGCCUUCUGUCGACCUUGAAGAUUUGAUGCUCAGGCGUAUUGGGGCUAAGGCCUUGAUGUGCUUGCCUUCUAGACUGCAAGCUGAAUACAAUCAUCUUAUCUCAUGCCCAAGACUGAUAUUGGAACAACUUUUAAUGAAUAUGAAGGUGGAGCUAGCAGGACAGAUAUUUGAAGAGAUCAAGUCAGAUUUCAAUGAGAUCAAAGAACUAAAACUGAGGGUCACGCAAGAAGAGUUUAAUGGUCUCCUGGUCACUUAUGCCAAUAAGGCCAUACAAGUCAAUGUGGUCCAGGUCACAACCGAGUCAGCCCGCAGUCAGAGUUCAAACUCAAGCAGUUCAGCAGGCCCAGAUGACUUGAAUAUCACACAACGUUACAUUGCAGAAAAUGUAUCACCAACUGGAAGCUUCAUGAACAGACAGGAAGUGGUCAGCAAAGUUUCCAGAAGACAGUCUGUCCUGCUGGCCAGAGACAAGCAAACAUUUGUCAUGCCAUCACAACCUCCAACUCAGGAUCAGUGGAUGCCAGAUAGUGCUGCAUCUGUAUGUACUGUCUGUAUGGUGGAGAGGUUUAGUAUGUUUAACAGACGCCACCAUUGUCGCAGGUGCGGUAGAGUUGUGUGUGCCACUUGUUCAACUAAACAGACUUUGGUAUUUGGUGUGAUGGCCAGAACUUGUGAUGACUGCUGGCAUCAGAUAAAUAGUGAUCACAGAAGCUACGAUGAACAGGAGAUCUACAGUCAUAGAAUAAAAGACAGAAUAUCUGGAGUCAGCAGUAGUCCAAGCAGUAUGGUGUCCAGCCCAGCAGCAUCUUCACUCAUCAAUACUCUGCAAACUUCUGAUAAGUUGAAGCAAAGUCUGUUGUCUGCCAUACAUCAUGUGGACCAUGCCUGGAAACUAAGACCUGAUCUGACCUACAGUCAGUUGGUUAGAUCAGAGUUCUACUAUGAACAAGCCCCCAGUGUUGCCCUGUGUGUCUCUCUGUUGAAGCAAUAUAGCUCCAAACAAGAGGCUGGGAAACUCAUUCUACAGAUUUGUGACCAUCUGUCAACGUACUUAGUUCCAGCGUCUCCUGGUGUUCCCAAUCCAGAGAUAGAUUACAGUUUGAUCAUCAGUGUGAUGAAGCAACUUGUUUUCCAUGCCAAACUGGAUUUUGUUGAAAGUCAUGAUGCAGACUUGAUGGACCAAUCAGAUCUUUACAUGGCACGCAUUGACCUACUUCAAGUCAUGGUAGAGGCUAAUUACCAAGACUUACCCACAAUCAGAGAGUUAACAAAACAAGACUCUGUUAGACGUCUUAGGGACAAGCUGAUCACAGAUGAAAGACUGAAUCUUGCUAUGGAAGUUUCUAUGAAAUGUGGCAUUGAUCCUGCAGGGGUGUGGGCUGCAAUGGGCUUUGCUUGUUUUCAUUUAGGAGAUUUUCAAGGGGCAAGAGACAAGUUUAGUCACUGCUUAAAGCCAAUACCAGAUAAAAAUCAAGGUUCUCCAAGUCAAAGCAGACUCUUAGGAGAAAUACUUGAUUUCCUAGAUACCAUACCAAGUUCUGGAGUCACUGAGUUACAGAGAUUAUUAAGCUCUCCCUCCAGUAUAUGUAACAUCCAAACAUUAUUAGUGCCAAGUAAAGGUGAAGAGAAUCGCGUGGAGUCAGUUCCAUACAAAGAAUGUCUGUACUACUUGAGAACUUAUGGAAGCUAUAUGGAUCACAUCACUUUUCUUCGACAACACAGUUACUGGAUGAAAGCUGUACAGUUUGCUGUUGAUCAUCAAUGUGCACCAGAUGUGUUUGUGAAUGGUUUAAUGAUUCCAGCCAUGAACUCUGGAGAAAUGGGAAGACUUUUGGAACAAAUGUUGAUGCUGGACCCCACCUUAGACAAGUGGACAGGCUACCUGACUGCAACUUGUAAAUAUUUGUUAAAACAAAAAUAUUUCUCUACUCUGUAUCACAUUCAACUUUUUAUGAAGGAUUACAUUCGUGCAUCCAUGACAUGUGUCAGUCAUUUCUAUCAGAAAUCAGCCACUAGUUACUUAGACUUGUUUGGACGUAUGCAGUUUUUGUACACAGCACAGCAGCAUUUACAGGCCUACUUAGAUCCAAGUCAGUGGGGAAGUGUACCUCACCCACUAGCCCCAAGAACUCCUUCCAAAGUUCAGAGUCCAAGCUGGGAUAAGUUUAACCCAGAGUCUGCUGCCAGAAUGACUUUGACACCUGAUCAAGUAAACAGACACAUCCGUACAAUAAAUCUACAAAUUGAAGUUACAAAAUUUCUUGAGCAAAGCCUGACACUAGGUACAUCUGCUGCUGUAUUUUCUGCCAAAUCCCAGGUGCCCACUUUGUUUGGUCAGAGUUCUGCUAGGACAGAUCUAGUUAGCUUGAUAAUUCUUAGUGGCAUGGACUUCAGAGUGAGAUUUAACUUGGCAGUUAAAAUAGUGAGGGAGUGCCGACUGAACCCCACCCUUUUGUUCACACAAUGCUCAAGGGAGCUGGCCAAACAAAGCCGCUUUAGUGAAAUCACAAACUUAACACAGGCUCUUGUGCAUGAGGGCAUGGUGGAUGAUGAGGGCAUUGAUGAAAUCAUUGGAGCCUCACUUUUAGUCCUUGCUGACAGCCAUGCAGAGGACAGAGACCAAAGUGAGGCUUUAAUUCAGAUGUUAAGGAGUGACAGUAAUAAGAUCAAUGCUCUCAUUUUGUGUGGGAAACUCAGGUCAGCUUACUUGCUGGCUGUGAAGAGAGAGAGUGUGGAGGAUGUGCAGAGGAUAGCUGGAGCAGCUCAAAGACUUGGACAGUCUGCUGUGAAAAACAUUUGCAUGAAGUGGCUGGAACAGCAUCAGAAGUGAUCUCCAGCUAAACCUUUGAACCAACAUUCCACUGUGAUCAACAUUCAUUUGCAAUUAUAGCAAGGACAUUUUUCAUAGGAAAAACUUUAUUUAUUUCAUAGUUGAAUGACAAAUAUUAUGAUCUAGUCAAUAUUUUCAAAGAAACCUCAACUGAGCUCUUUCUAUUUAUUGUGGAGUAUUACAAGAAAAUAGUGUUGUAUAUCAUAAUGUAUAUUACCGGUAUGCCUUUUUUUUUUUCAUUGUUACAUUAGGAACCAGCUUUAAAAAAAAAAAAACAGAAUUUCUUAGCGGUUGUGUUUGUCAGAGCUCUGACAUUUUCUGUUUCAAUUAUAAUCUUGUUAAUAAUUUUUUGUAGAAUGGUGAGCUUGAUAAUUCAUUAUUUGUAUGUAAAACCAAACAUAUGUCUCAACUUGUGAUACUUUCACUGUGUAUUUGAUUUUUAAUAAACAUUGGCCCUAAUCCUGUAACAUAAAGUAAUAUUGUAAAACAGAUGAACAACAAAAUAUAUUGUGUACUUGAA